GCGACUCGCUUCGUUGUGGAGCCAACAUGAACAGAUAUGCCAAGUACCCGCCCAGCCGCGGUCACCCCACCCAGGAGCCCGAGGAGCCCCGGGGAGCCCCACUCCAGGAAGAUGUGCACAUGAGCAGCGGCUCUAGCGGAAAUGAAACCAACGAGAACCGCUCCCCGGGGCCGGACUCGCGGGGCGGCGAGCAGCUGGGGAUGCUGGUGGGGCCGCCCGUCGUCCCUCCGGGUGAGUGGUCCACCAAGGCAGAUGCGCACAAGGAGCUGAUAAAAACACUGAAGGAGCUGAAGGUCCACCUGCCAGUAGACAAGAAGGCCAAGGGGAAAGCCAGCAUGCUGGCCACCUUGAAGUACGCGCUAAGGAGUGUGAAGCAGGUGAAAGCCAACGAGGAGUAUUACCAGCUGCUCAUGCCCAGUGAGAGCCACCCCUGCAGAGCCGCUGUGCCCUCCUACACCACAGAAGAGAUUGAGAGGAUCACGUCCGAGCUCAUUGUGAAGAACGCAGGUAUGUUUGCGGCCGCCGUGUCCCUGGUCACCGGGAAAAUCCUGUACAUCUCUGACCAAGUUGCCUCCGUGUUUCACUGUAAAAGGGAUGUCUUCUAUGGCGCCAGGUUCGUGGAGUUCCUGGCGCCCCACGACGUCCGCGUGUUCCACGCCUCCACCACGCCUUACAGGCUCCCGCCCUGGAGCGCGUGCGGCGGAGCAGAUUCGUUUACUCAAGAAUGCAUGGAGGAGAAAUCUUUCUUCUGCCGCGUGAGUGUUGGGAACAAGCACGAGAGCGAGAUUCACUACCGCCCGUUCCGCAUGACGCCGUACCUGGUCAAGGUGCAGGACCCGCAGGGAGCCGGGGGCCAGCUAUGCUGCGUGCUGCUGGCCGAGAGAGUGCACUCGGGCUACGAAGCCCCUAGAAUUCCUCCUGAAAAGAGAAUUUUUACGACCACACAUACACCAAAUUGUCUGUUCCAGGACGUGGACGAACGGGCGGUCCCCCUCCUGGGCUACCUACCUCAGGACCUGAUCGAGACCCCCAUGCUCGUGCAGCUUCACCCCAGUGACAGGCCUUUGAUGCUCACCAUCCACAAAAAGAUUGUGCAGUCCGGCGGGCAGCCUUUCAACUAUUCUCCUAUUCGGUUCCGUGCACGGAAUGGCGAGUACGUCACUCUGGACACCAGCUGGUCCAGCUUCAUCAACCCGUGGAGCAGAAAGAUCUCCUUCAUCAUCGGCAGACACAGAGUCAGGGUGGGCCCUUUGAAUGAGGACGUGUUCUCGGCUCAGUCGCCUGUGGAGGAGAAGGACCUGCACCCCAGCAUUCAGGGGCUCACGGAGCAGAUCCACCGGCUGCUGCUACAGCCCGUCCCCCACAGUGGCUCCAGUGGCUACGGGAGCCUGGGCAGCAACGGGUCCCAUGAGCACCUCAUGAGCCAGACCUCCUCCAGCGACAGCAACGGUCAUGAGGACUCCUGCCGGAGGAGGACCGAAAUUUGUAAAAAUGGUGGCAAUGUCAAAAACAAAAGUCAUCCCGGGGAAUCUGGAGAACAAAAGGAAAAAUCUGCAGCAGAAAUGCCAAGUGGUUCCUCUGCUCAGAUGAAAGCUGUCCCCAUGGAACAGCACAGCUCGGGCACCAGCCUGCCCACGGGCGGCUCUCCCGAGGACCUGGGCUGCAGGAACCCGCCCGCUGGGUCCUACCAGCAGAUCAGCUGCCUGGACAGCGUCAUCAGGUACCUGGAGAGCUGCAGUGAGGCGGUCACCCUCAAGAGGAAGUGUGAGUUCCCGGUGAGCGUGGCGACACAGAAGGCCAGCGAUAAGCGACAGGCAGUGGCCAGCCCCGGGCUGCAUUCCACAGAGACAGCGUCGCCCUCCAGGGUGAACGGCCAUGCGGAGCUUAGCGCGCCCCUGCCGCCACUGGUGCUGCCCGGCAAGGCGGAGAGCGUGGCGUCCCUCACCAGCCUGUGCAGCUACAGCAGCACCAUUGUCCACGUGGGCGACAAGAAGCCACAGCCUGAGCUCGAGCUGGUGGAAGACGCUGUGAGCGGGCCCGAGUCUCCGGCCGGCUGGCCGUGCAUCCUGGGCCUGGAGAAGGAGCCCCUCAGGACACUGGGCCUCACCAAGGAAGUGCUGGCCGCCCACACCCAGAAGGAGGAGCAGAGCUUCCUGCUCAAGUUCAAGGAGAUGCGGAAACUCAAUGUCUUCCAGUCUCGGUGCCAUUAUUACUUACAGGAGAAGUCCAGGGGGCAGCUGAGUGAGAGAACCGUGCCGGGACUAAGAAAUACCUCUGGAAUAGAUUCAUCUUGGAAAAGAACCGGGAAGAACAGAAAACUGAAGUCCAAACGGGCCAAGCCUCGAGAUUCCUCCGAGAGCACUGGGUCUGGGGGGCCUGCGCCCCACCGGCCCCCACUGAUGGGCCUGAACGCCACAGCCUGGUCACCGUCGGACACAUCCCAGUGCAGCUGCCCCAGGACGCCCGGCCCCGCCCCGGUGCCUGCCUACUCCCUGCCCGUGUUUCCAGCCCCAGGAAUCCUGCCCACACCAGGGACAGUGGUGGCGGCUCCCCUGGCCUCCCAGGCCAGCUUCGCAGUGCCCGCCGCGCCCAUGGAUGCCCAGCACGAGUUUGCCGUCCAGCACCCGCCGUUCGCUGUCCCCUUGGCCCCAGUCAUGGCGUUGGUGUUACCCAACCACUCCUUCCCUUCGGUGACCCACAGCCUGCCCCAGGCCUUCUUCCCAGGCCAGGCUGACUCUCUGUCCGAGGUGAUCCCUGCCUCACGGCCCGAGCUCCCUGGUCGGACCUCAUCCCCCAAAGUGCCAUGCACGUGGCCUCAGGUGGAGCGUGGGCCGGCAGCGUCCCGCGCAGCCACCCCGGCCUCCCCGCCGGCCGCCUCUGGGCCCCUGGGCAGAGCCUCUCCUCCGCUCUUCCAGUCCCGGGGCAGCUCACCUCUGCAGCUCAACCUGCUGCAGCUGGAGGAGGCCCCUGAGGGCAGCGCCGCGGCCGCAGGAGCACCAGGGGCCUCAGGGACGGCGUGUGCGGGGCCUGACUGCAGACCUGCCGCCUCCUGGGACCGGCAGCCGAAGGCCUCACCAAUCCGUGAGGAACCCACAGAUGCCCGGAACAGCGAUGCCCUCUCCACAUCCAGCGGCCUGCUUGACCUCUUGCUGCACGAGGACCUGUGCUCAGCCACAGGGUCGGCCCCGUCUGGGAGUGGAGCCUCGGCAACCUCUGAUUUCCUGGGCUCAGCCUCGCUGGGCUGCGAUACAUCCAGAAGUGGGACAGGCAGCAGUGACACAAGUCAUACCAGCAAAUAUUUCGGAAGCGUUGACUCUUCGGAGAAUAACCACAAAGCAAAAGCGAAGGUGGACAUGGAGGAAAGUGAGCACUUCAUCAAGUAUGUCCUCCAGGAGCCCGUCUGGCUACUGAUGGCCGACACAGAUGACAGCGUCAUGAUGACCUACCAGAUGCCUUCCCGGGCUCUGGAAACAGUGUUGAAGGAAGACCGGGAGAAGCUGAGAGCGCUGCAGAGCUCCCAGCCCCGCUUCACGGCGCGCCAGAGGCGGGAACUGCAGGAGGCACACCCGUGGCUGCAGGCCUGCCGCCUGCCCGCCGCCCUGGGCCUCGCGGAAUGUGUUUACUGUGAGAAUAAGGGACAAGACGACAUCUGUGUACCGUAUGAGGAAGAUGCUCCAACCCUGGGUCUCAGUGAAGCCACAGACGCCAAAGAGGAGGAAAAUGGAGCCCCCUUGAGUCACAGAUUUGAAGAACGGACCUAACUCUCCUCCCUGCAGCCGACAGCCCGUGAUCUACAUUAGAUGGUGCUCAGAAGCGAUGAAAGAUUUUCACAUCUGUUUGUAAUGAAAUGGACAGAUAAACUUAUGUUGCUUUUUUUUUUUGUUUUAGGAAAAAAACGCAUAAUUUUCUGAAGGAAUGAUUUAAAAUGGGUGAGGGUGGGAAGGGAUUAGGAGGAAAUAGACUUUUCUAUUUAAAACGUAAAUACAGAGUUUGGGACAGAUUUCAUGAUUAUUUAACUUGAGAAAGACUGAAUCCCCUGUGCACGCAGCAGGGAGGUUUCCCUAGGGCUCUCGGCGGUCCGUGGACUUGAGGAGGCUUCUCACUGGCCCCCGGGGGUGUCCAGAGGCAUCUUCCAGGCUGUGGCAAACAGCUGGGAUGCCCCCGGUCCUUCCGGAGCUGCCCUGGGUGUGUUUGGAUCAGAUCAGAUCCUGUGCUCUGGGGGCUGCUCUUCAUCUAAGUCGUCAUUUAGUCCAACUAGUUUUUGAAACAUCAAAUGGAGAUCACAGCCUCUCCUAAUUUUCUGUCAAAGUGUUUCACGUGGAUCGGCGUGAAGCGUACUCAGCAAACCAGCACCUUCCGCUUCGGCUACUACAGUGGCAAACGUUUCAAUCUGAUGUAGCUUGUGUUUGGGGCGAACAAAGGAGAGAUGCUCACUCCGGACAGAAGAGGCCCCCGUGGUUUGUGUGGCCAACUCCAUCAGACUAGCACACACCCAGAACCUUCUGCAUAUUUCUACAUCAUUCUUGUAUCCUUUUCAGACCAUGACCCAUAUGUAGACAAAAUACGGCGUUGACUGUCUCUGUGGUGACUUCCCUUUGCAGACCAGGCUCUGACCGCCACAUCUGGGACCCGUUGGUGUUUGUCCUUCAGUUGGAGCCUCCCAGACAUGAGCUCUGACACUGUGAGCUGGUGACCCCGUCUGUGUUUUCCUGGGUGCCGUGAGCUCACCUCUCCCCGCACCCUGGGCUGGGACGCCAGCCCUCGUUCUUUUCAUGAGCCUGACCUCACUUGGGGCAGUUUCCAGUCCUUGCAGUGACGGUCCUAGCAUCACUGGGACCCCUGGGGAAGAGUGAGGCCAGUCUGCCCAUCUCCUUAGAAAACCUCACGUUGCAUCAUGUAUCCUAAAGAUUGGGGAAAAGCUAUAUUGGUCCCUGGAGUGAAUGGAAAGUUACCACAGGUGAAACAAUUGACUUAAAAUCGGGUCGAGUUUGCAGAAACCGAAAAGAAAGCGGGCUUCCCCCUGUCCUCUGAGAGAGAAGCGGCUGCUAGAGUAAAUGGAGCCUCCUUGGAAUGGCUGGGUUUUCCGUCUUAACGUUUGGAUAGUAAUCCGAUUUCUCAUAAGCUCAAGUAUAAGAAUACUGGUGGGGUUUUUUUUUAACUAUGUGUAAAGAAACAGCACCUUCAGAUGCCCAAAAUGAGGUAAUAACCUCUGCGUCUGUGUGGAGAAUAGAUGCCUCCGAACCUGCCUCCUCCCUCUGAAGUCCGAUCAUUAAGGGAUUAGAUGCUAGUCAAGGUCACAUGUAUGUUACCUGAACAUACAACUGUCAAAACGUUUUCCAGUGUUAUGAAUGUUUACCAUCAGCAUUAUUUUAUUUACAUGAUUUGUGCUCAUUGAUUGUUAAGUGCAUAGCUUUAACCCGUGCUCAGAAGUUGACAGUAGGAGCAUUUUGUGAAAUUGUUUACACGGUGCCACGCAUCGAGACGUGUUUCCUUUAGUAUGUGUGCUUACACAGGGGUUAUAAAACCUUUUUUUCUCGAUUUUAAACUGAGCCUUCUUUUUAAUCUAUUCCUAAAAAGACAUGUAAAUAAGCUCUCAGAGUCUGUGUAAUGACUUGGUAAGCCUUGCUGGACAAGUGGUUUGUUCAUGCACAAACCAAACUUUCUUCACCCAGUGCAAUAUGUUUGUUUACUGCUUGUGUCUUUUUAUGACUGUUUUUGCUUUUUAGAAAAUUGGUAAAUAAAGCAAGUAUAUUUUU